AUGCAGACUGCUUCUACAAACAUUUGUGAAAGAAUGGGUCGCUCUCAGGAGUUCAGUGAAUUCAAGUGUUGUACUGUGAUAGGUUGCCACCUGUGCAAUAAGUCCAUCCAUGAAAUUUCCUUGUUACUAAAUAUUCCACAGUCAACUGUUAGUGGUAUUAUAAACAAAGUGGAAACAACUGGUAAACAGCAACUCAGCCAUGAAGUGAGCGGGGUCAGCGCAUGCUGAAGCACACAAUGCGCAGAAGUUGCCAACUGUCUGCAGAGUCAAUAGCUAAAGACCUCCAAACUUCGUGUGGCCUUCAGAUUAGCACAACAACAGUGCGUAGAGAACUUCAUGGAAUGGUUUUCCAUGGCUGA